AUGGAGGAACCUUCAAGGGAGAGUCAAAGGGGUGGAACCCUCUCUAAUCAUGUCACGCGUGUCUAUGUGCGGUUAUUUGAUGCUUAUGACACGGGUGAUAUGUGGUGUGGAUGGGUUUUCGCGGAGUCUUCUAGGAAAUUGAGGAUUGUAAUUUGGCACGUCGCUGGCGGUUUGGAAAUGUUGACGGAGUCGGACGCACGUUCACGCUUGUCCUAA